AUGAGCAGCAGGGAAUCGAAAUAUAGCUUACAAAAUGAUACAAAAGAAAGAGAAAGAUUGGACUUGCAACAUGCUUACAUUAAGCAUGGGUUCAAUGGGAAUUUUGCGGCGCCUGUCGACCAGAUUUUGAGGAGUGGUGCAAGAGUGCUUGAUAUUGGAUGCGGCUCGGGUAUCUGGAUUCUCGAGUUGGCCGAAGAAUACCCCAACUCCCACUUCAUCGGCAUAGACAUGGCACCGGUAGUCCUUAAGGAUAAACAACCUGAUAAUGUCGAAUUUAUAACACACAACGUUCUCCAUGGCUUACCCUUUGAAGACAAUUCAUUCGACUAUGUGUUUGCCAGAUUUCUUGGUGCGGGAUAUACAAAGAGUCAAUGGAAAGAGAUUGCUAUUCCCGAGUAUACGAGGAUCGCCAAGUCAACUGGAUGGGUGGAGCUUAUGGAGUGUGAUAUUGUGCUAAAGUGCAAUUCCAAGGACAAUUCCAAGGAAGUUGACCUGAUAAAUAAAGCAUUGGUUGAUCUAUGUGACGCAACAAAUUUAUAUUUUAAUAUUGCAGGCGAAGUCAAAGGAUUUCUGGAAGAAGGUAAUCGUUAUAAUAAUAUCAAUUGCCUGGAAAAACGUCUUCCGGUGGGACCUAUGGGAGAGACGGUGGCCGACAUGGGAGUAAAAGACUUUCAAGAGAUCUGGAAGUUGUUCAAAACUCCCAUCAUACCAUUGAUGCAGGUGUCAGAAGAAGAAUACGAUGCAAUUUACGAGUCAGCAAUUCAGUAUUUGAAAACGAUUGGUGCUAAAUGGGUAUUUUCAAGAGCAUGGGGUCAGAAAGUGUGA